ACUUGCAUGCUUGGCUCUCACCCAAUCUCCCCUGAGACAGGCACCAGACCUUCUCCUGGGCUCCUGGCACCAUGUCGCCCCUGAAGACCCUGCUGCUGGCCGCCCUCCUCCUCGGGGCUUCUCUGCAGAGCAUCCAUGCAGCUCGAGCCACCAACGUGGGCCGGGAGUGCUGCAUGGAGUUCUUCACGGGGGCCAUUCCCAUCAGAAAGCUGGUGACCUGGUACAGAACCUCAGCCGAGUGUCCCAAGGAUGCCAUUGUGCUUGUCACCACCCAGGGCAAGUCCAUCUGUUCGGACCCCAAGGACAGGCACGUGAAGAAGGCAGUUAGACUCUUGCAGAGACUUGUGAAGUCACCUGGCCCCAUCACCCAGAAGCCCUGAUUUCCUCCGGACCAUUUGGAGACUUCCAGUGUGGGAGUUCACCACCCCAACCCGGAGCCCCGGGCCCAGGAGGCCUCACAAGGACAAAGGGGAGGAGUCAGGGGACCCUGGCUCCUUUGCUGGACUGAAGCCGCGGGCAUGAAAGCCCUGAAUAAAGUCUCCUCCCCA